AUGGAAAUAAUUACUAGCUUAUUAAAAUUAAAAUUAAAAGUACGAAUAUUAAUAGUACCGCAAUUUGAUUUUGACUCAAAAGCGAUUUGUAAAACAAUGUCAAUUACAUCAUUAGCUAUUUAUAAUUGUGAUUUAUCUGAUUUAUGGGAAAUAUUUAAAUAUAUACCUAUGUUAAAAAAAUUACAAGUUGAAUAUCUCCACAAUAUUAACAUUACCGAUGAUAUAUUAAAUUUGAAUAAUAUAUAUACUUUUGAAUUAAAACAAUUAAUAAUAAAUUAUUUUAAAAGUAAAUUUCAAGCUCUUCAAAUUUUAUUAAAAUAUAUACCAAAUUUAAAAAUUCUUUCAAUAUAUGCUCCUAAUAAUAUUGAAAUGGCUGAUGCUGAUCUUUGGCAACAUCUCAUUGAACCUUCAUUAGUUCAUUUACAUAUAUUUAAAUUCAUUUUUGAUUAUUAUGCUAUUGAUGAUUAUAAUAAAAUAUUGAAGAAACUUGAAGAAUUUCGAACUGAUUUUUGGAUUAAACAACAUCAAUGGUAUACUAAUUAUGAAAUUAAUGCAUUUUCAAAUCUUGAAUAA